AUGCUCACCAAUCUUAUUAGAAGUUCGUUAAAAAGGAAUUUUGUCCGAUUUACCUCGACAUCUAAUGUCGCUCUUCCGUUUCUUUACGAUCUUGAACCGAAAUGUAGAUCUUGUGGUAUUCGAUUACAAAACAAGGAUGAGACGAAACCGGGAUAUUAUCAUUUGCGGAGUAAACAAGAGAAAGAACAGCAAAAGUUGGAAAGCUCUCCCAAAACGGCAUAUGAAAAGUAUAUGGCUAAGCUAAGCCCCGAGGAUAAGGAGCUUUUAUUGGGCAAUAUAUUCACUGGGGCACCUGCAAACCAUACCCCUAAAAGUGGACCUUCGGUGAAGGAACUAGCCAAAAGGGCAUACGAUAUUAAACUUGAUGAAACUGCAAUUGAAUGCGCAAGAUGUCGUAAUGCAAAAGUCCAUUCAGAUUACAAAUUAUCUCAAGAAGAAUUCCCUAUUCAUGAUUUAAACGCAAUCAUGCCGAAAAUCCCAUCUGAUAGCCCCAUAGUAUACGUGUUCAGUGGUAAUGAUUUUCCGAUGGGGAUUAAUGCCGACAUUUUCAAAUACCGUAAUCCAGAUGAAGUUUACUUUAUCAUGACUAAAGCUGAUAAUUUGUUUAAAAAAAGUGAUGCAGCAAGAAACUUUUGUUUUACAUUCUUGACCGAUUAUUUCAGGAUCAAAUAUCAAGUGCCAGCAAAGAAUAUUUAUAUAACCCUGGCCAAAGAAGGCUGGAAUUCUAUCGAUUUAUUGAAUUUCAUUCCUGAGCUGGCAUAUAUUGUAGGUAAUGUUAAUUCUGGGAAAUCCACGUUAAUCAAAAGUUUGAUGUUGCAUCAAGAAUUGGAAAACAAACGCGAUUUGGAAUCAGAUAUUCCUUUCCACAUUAAAGCUAGGGAAAAGAAGAAGUUCAUUGAUCGUUUCAAUCAGAAAGUUGGCCCUGGGAUCUCCUAUUUACCUGGGUUUACCCGUGAAUUUCUUCCCGUUACGUUAGGAGGCGUUAGAUCUGUGUUUGAUGUUCCUGGCUUCGCGUCUGAUCCAUACAUUCAUGAAUUCUACCAUAGAUUUUCUGAUGGAAAAACAAUCGCCAGAUUGACCGGCGGCAAACAGACAUAUAAGUUUGGUACUUAUAAAUCAAAAUACGAUUCAGUUAAAGGUCCCCAGGUUCUCGGUCUUGGAGGAAUAGGAUAUUUACAAUUACCUCAGGAUUCCAUGUAUCAAAUUCGCAAUGUUACCAACAUUGACUAUCAUGUGUUCUCGAACAUUGAAAGAGCAGUCAAAGUUUCAAUUAAUCCUUCUGAUUCUUUGAAAAAGAAGUUUAUAAUUGAACAUGAUGAAGCCAGUCUCGUGAACUUUGAACGGUAUGUAAUCCCUCCAUUCUAUGGUCAGAUUGAACUCGUGUUGGAGAACAUUGGAUACAUUCAUAUUAAACCAGUAGGUGCAAAAAAAACCAAUGAAUUAAUGGUUUUGUAUUUACCUCGUGGUAUUACUGGUAUGAUCAGGCAGCCUAUAGUUGAAUAUAUCCAGAAAACAUUCAAGGAUUCCUGGGAACAGAAUUUAAUAAAAGGAAAGCGAGGUGGAAAAGGUAAUUUGGUAUUAAAGAGAUAUAAGGGAGAUACGCCCUAUGCAAGUAUAUUGAUUCCUGCUACUGGAAAAAUUACUGAUGCAACAGGAGAAAAUCAGUCAGACUUUGAUCAGUUGAAUGCCAUGACAGCAGCAAAAAGGCCAUACAAUGACAAAACUGUCAUAAAUGAAGAAAAUAAAUAUGAGUACUGGAUUGAGCCAAGAUAA